GGCGCACACCCGGCGACCGGUGCCGGUGCCAGCUCCGCCGCCGCUCCGCCCCGGCAGCAGCAUGGACCGCACGAUGUACGGCAAGGUUGCGCCCGGCAGCCAGCACCAGCCGUACCGGAUCGUGCGCCGCGACUCGGCCAACAAGCCAGGAUACUCGCUGCUGGCCGACCUGCAGAACACGAUAUCGCCCAAGGGCGGGCCAGGUAGCCCGCGUCAUGGCGCCUACUCGCCGCUGCGCCAGCAGACGCCCUCACCAGUGCCGGCGUACCAGCCGAACCAGCCCGACACUCCGCCGAACAUGUACACGGAGACGGUGACGGAGACGAAGCGGACGUACCGGGGCAGGGAGGCGUCACCGCCUUCCGAGUACCGGCCGCCGGCAGGCGGCAACUUGCAGGAGCUGGACACGCUGCUGGACGACCUGAACGAGGCGCGCUACAACGGCAGCUACAUCCAACGGCCCACAGAGUGUCCGGCGCCGGUGAACGGCACGGUGGCAGUGCACAAGACCCGGCCGUCGGUGGACGCCCUCCUCGACGAGCUCGACUCGGUGCCUAGCUCAAACGCCAAGACCUACGAGACGCGGACAGUGACGGUGACAGAGAGUGUACCGGACGGCUGCAAGAGCGCCUCGUCCGCCACGCAGGAGCUGGAUGAUCUGAUGGCCUCGCUCUCCGACUUCAAGAUCCAGGCCAGCUCUCUGCAGCGGACGGUCGUGGAGGAGACACACGACGCGCCGUACGCCAAGCCGGUCAAGUCGAAGCAGCUCGACUCGAUGCUCGGCAACCUGCAGGAGGACAUGAACAAGCAGGGCAUCACCACCACGCAGAAGGGCAUGUGCGGCGCCUGCGACAAGCCGAUCGUGGGCCAGGUGAUCACGGCGCUCGGCAAGACGUGGCACAAAGAGCACUUCACCUGCGCGCACUGCAACUCGGAGCUGGGCAACAAGAACUUCUUCGAGCGCGACGGGCGGCCGUACUGCGAGCCCGACUACCACAGCCUGUUCUCGCCGCGCUGCGCCUACUGCAACGGCCCGAUCCUGGACAAAUGCGUAACGGCGCUGGAGCAGACUUGGCACCCGGAGCACUUCUUUUGCACGCACUGCGGCCAGCCGUUCGGCGCCGACGGCUUCCACGAGAAGGAGGGCAAGCCGUAUUGCCGCACCGACUACCUGGAGAUGUUCGCGCCGAAGUGCGGCGGAUGCACUCGCGCCAUCAUGGAGAACUACAUCUCGGCGCUCAACGCCCAGUGGCACCCCGAGUGCUUCGUCUGCAAGGACUGCAAAGCGCCGAUGAAGGGCAAGAGCUUCUAUAAGGUGGACAACCUGCCUAUGUGCCCCGACUGCGCCGGCGUCAACGACGACAGCGACGAGGACGAUGAUGAAGACGAUGAUGAAUAAACUAAAGGGGUGGGCGACGGGGAGGCCUAAUCGGAGGAGAGCCAUAACUGACACGCGCUGCUAUCGCCGGUGCUCAAACCAACCGACCGCUCUGUGGCUUACACUGUACAUGUAGACCGUUUAAUAAAAGGAACGACAAAAAAAACAACAACAAAAACCGAUGAGAGCCGCUGUGGGCGGCGGCUGCGGCGGUGGGCCGCCGCCACCGCCGUCCGCCGCCACAGGCGGGGCUCGGCGCCGUCCGUUUUCGUUGUCGGUUUGCCAGCGUUUUCGUCAGACGUUCCGUUUGGGGGGUGACAGUGCCAGAAAAUAGGGGUCGACGCUGCAUCAACAGAGCGUGUUUGGCCGAUUGUCAGAGCUGAUGGUGAUCAGAGCGGCCGGCCGGCCGGCUAGGCGGCCGGGCACCGACUGACUCUGCCGGCGGACCCACCGCGGCUAGGCCUGGGCUCCAGUGACGUCAUU